AUGAGGAACCAAAAGUUUUCACGAGUUUCAAGGAAUGACAUCAAAGAAAAAAGAUCAGAGGAGAAAGCAGUUUUAGUGUCAGUAGCCGGUAAAUGUCUUCCUCAGUCUUCUUCAUACAGGAAUAACAUUGCUAAUGAGCCAUUUGUGGAGGAGUCCGAAGAGGAACCAAGUGAAGUACAGGAGGAUCCGGAAGAGGAACCAAGUGAAGUAGAAGAGGAUCCAGAAGAGGAAUCAAGUGAGGAAGUAGGAAAUAAGUUAGAAAAAGAACCAAGCGACGACUUGGAAAAGGAUCCAGAAGAGGAUCCAAUUGAGGAACUGGAAGAGGAAGCAAGUGAGGUGGGGUUGGAACAAAUUGAGGAGCCUUCAGAAUGUGAUGCUCAGUCCUUUUUUAACCACAACAACAAUUGGAGUGAAGAACUAGUUGAGGAUCCACUAGAAGCAUCUCUAUCUGAAUGCCUCUCAGGCACUGAUCCUAACGGUUCAUACAAGAAGAAGAGAUCACCGGAUGCGUUAACUGGCGAGUCAGUUUCCUUGCAACGUUAUCAGUCACAAAAGAAAUAUAGGCAAGAGGAAUCCUUUAAACCAGAAUCAGAAUCUUGGUAUGCUGCUCAUCUCCAUGGUCACUCUGGGCUUGCCAUGACACUUGAUGAUAAAGGUUCUGAACAACAAGAACGUACAGGGAGUUCUGGAAAACGAAGACGUAGUAGAUGGGACAAAGUAGAGAAUGAUCAGGCUAAUAAAGGAAAGAAAACUAAAUGGAUUAGUGAUGAUUCGCAAUUGAAACAGAUAGGUACACUUCAGUUGCCUUAUUUCCGGAAAGAGCUUGUUGCAGGAUCAAAAUUGGAGUAA